CUAUCUCUCUGUUCUUUAUCCUUCCUAUUUUCACAAGGAAAUAACCCACACCCAUCUCCAAGCUAUCCUGAGCUCACAGCCUAAAAUUCCUCAAAUUGCCUUGAAGUCACUGAUAUGGAGACACCAAAGAUACCUGGUCCGAAGGACCAACGGGAGAAAGAUGUCCUCGAGAAAUUAAUAGCUAUCCGCGACCAACUGCAGCUACGUAAACUUGAUCGAACCACCUAUGUUCGAACUCAAGAUGUCAUGGUCCUCUACGAUCAGACUGUCGAGCAAGUCAGAAUCCUAAACGAGUCGAGAGGCGGGAAGUCAACUGAGGAAAAUCGAGUGGACAGAGUCGUGGACAGCUGUUUUCAGCUUCUGUCACUCUUCUUCAUGACGAUCGGCCGAAACAACGAAGCUCCCGCCGCAUAUGCGCUGACGUCGACUAUCAGACGACUCCUGGAUCAUUUAGCCGAAGCUAACCUAUUCUGCGUCCAAGACCUCGAGAGCAUGUCGCAAACGCUCGAGCAUCUGUCGGAAAUCGUACACAACUCUGCCAGCACGAAGCCUUCCCCGUUCCUCGAAACAUUGAUUGCGCAACGGAUAGAGCGAUGUCGGGCGUCCUUAUCAGUUCUACAGAGGAAAACCGACGAAAUAGCCGAGCCUCUACGGCCAACAGCGGACAAGCUUGUCUCCAUACUAAGGCAGAUGGCUGUGGUCAAUACUAAGUCUAAGUUCACACCAUCGGAGAUACUUAAGCGCGAAACGGAAUUGAGAGAGAUUGGGGAGAAGCGGAAGGAUGGACAGUUUGUUGACGCUGAUGGCAACGUUCUAAAGGGCAGCGAAACAAUUUCGGGGCUUCUAGAUAGAUGCUUAACGUAUACAAAGAUCGUUCUCGAAAGAAACGGUCAAUUUCCGGAGAAGUGGAAGCCAACCUAUGACGUACUUGUUGGUAUUAGGAACGAGCUUGACAAACUUUCGUUGACCCAAGCAUGGUCAUUGCGAGAAACUGAUUUAUACGAUUACCAACGGCAACUUGACAGGAUUGAUGAGAGUAGAGUAAAUGGUAAUUGGGUGGAUGACCAAGGACAACCAGCCGAGCUAUACGUCCAACGGACUCUUCUUUAUCUAAUUAGAAGAAGCUACGGUUAUAUCUACCAUCUUAUGAUAUCAUCGGAACCUGUCUCUGAGGCUCUUCUACCGAUAUACAAUCAACUCCAAACCCUUAAGCGCUGUCUCGUCGAGGUGAAAAAUAGUGGAGGAGUAACCUCAGUGAGGGAGCUGUACCCUUAUAGCAUGAAGCUACACUCGAUUGACAAUAUGAGAGUCGAUGGUAAAUUCAUGGUUGGGGAGGAUAUACCUGAGGGGCAAGGUAGCGUGGCUGAAUUGUUGGCCGAAUGCUUUGACCUGAACUACGAACUUCGGGUAGCUGCGGAAGCGGCCACGGAAUCUUCGACUCCAGAACCGCAAACAAAGUCAGAGUCAUGAGCAUGAGCAUACCUACCUAAGUAAGUUUAUCAUGUCUAGGAGUUUUUAAGUUUAUUGGGAGGUUGACUUGUCUUGUCUUGUUUAGACAGACAUGUAAAUGGAUUUGGGGUUGU